GUGAAAAUCGUCCAAUGACUCAAAUAGCUCAAAGUGUCCGCUCGCAGCUCUGAGCUUCAUGUCACAGGUGGAGGCAACAUCUGUAUGGACCUGAACAUCUGACUCGUCAUAUGGGAUGGCUCACCUCAACUCCACCAACCAAUCGGACUUGAGCAGCGUCUUCACCAAUGACGUCCUCCCGCCGCUCUACUUUGUGAUCUGGAUCGUUGGGUUUUUCAUGAACGGCUUGGCCGCCUUCAUCUUCGUCCGACUGCCCACCGACUCGGGCCUGGUGGUCUACCUAAAGAACAUGGUGGUGGCCGACCUACUCAUGCUCUCCACCUUCCCCUUCAAGAUGGCGGCUCAGCUGGGUCUGGGUGGCUGGCGCCUCCAUGUGGUCAUCUGCCGCUACACCUCUGUGCUGUUCUACUCCUCCAUGUAUGUGGGGAUCCUCCUCAUGGGCUUCAUCAGCCUGGAGCGCUACGUCAGGAUGUUUGGACACGCCUCCUCCACCGCCGCCUCUCCCUCCUGCGGGGCCAGAUUUCCCCGGGUAUCGUUGCCACACCUCCUGCAGAGUGUCGGAUUUGCUCGCGCGCUGGCGUUCCUCACCUGGAGCCUCCUCCUCCUAGGCGUCCUGCCCAAUGUCCUGCUGACCAGCCAGCCUGCCAACGAGGCAAACUCGAGGAAGUGCAUGGAGCUGAAGACGCCACUGGGGAUUCAGUGGCACCGGGCGUCGGCUCUCUUCUGCACGAGCUUGUUCUGGGUGACCCUGCUGGUCCUCGCCUUCUGCUACACCUCCAUCGCCUGCCGGGUCUACCAGUCGUACCGCCGCGUGCGCUGCAACAACAUCAACAGCAAAGUGUGCCACAAGGUGCACCGCAGCAUCUUCAGCCUCCUGCUGGUGUUCUUCAUCUGCUUUGUGCCGUACCACGUCUGCCGCGUGCCGUACACCAUGAGCCAGAUGCCUGAGUCCGGCUUCAGUUAUCACUCUCGUUUCCUGUUGUUCCAGCUGAAGGAGGGGAUGCUCUUCCUGUCGGCGAUCAACGUCUGCCUGGACCCCAUCAUCUACGUCCUGAUGUGCCAAACCUUCAGAGAGUCUCUGAUAAGGAAGCUGUCGGGGAGAGAGAGGAAGAGAUCCCCGACGACCGCCCAGAGCCAGAGUCUGAGUCGGAUUUAUUUAGGAGAGGAAACAAGGUCAGGAGACGUGGAGAGGAGACGAGAAGGAGAGGAAACACAGGAGGACAAAAUACCUUUUAAUAACUAGACUGUAUCUACACUAUAAAACCGUAUGUAAAGUUUAAAGAUUAAAUCAAUCAUAACAGUUUGCCCUGAUUGUACCGCCUCUGUGCGUCUUCUUUGGGAUGUAGAUCAAAUCUAUAUUUCAAUUUACGGACUCAGAUAUGAAUUUUGGCAAAAAUUAUUUUGCAUUUUCAUCAUUUCUCGUUCUUCUGUGGUCGUGUCAUUACUGUGAAAAUUGUAAAUAAAUAAUGUAAUUUAGUUCCUUGA